AUGCGCAACGGGCAUAAGGCGAAGUGGCUUCUCGUGUUUAUGGUUGUCGCUCUGGUACAGGCGAUGGCUCUGUUCACUCCUCGCGUAACGCAUACUAGCGACACGAAUCAAGUCUCACUCCCUCCGGAGCCUACUAUACAGAGCAGCGAUGGGGGAGCUCGUCGUCACAAAACAUUCUUUGGCCCCGCAAGCGACUGCGGUUACUGGGGCGAUAUUGGGACAUACCGCUGUGAUGACAACUACCCAUGUCGAUUCCAUGCAUCUAAUGCUGCCUAUCCAGCGAUGAUGGGCUGCUGUCCGAAUAGCCCUGCCGGACCAUGUGGGGGAUUCUAUAGCGUCUGCUACGGCCGUCACCAAAUAUCCCAAGCUCCGUCCUUGGCCUCCUUCACUGACGACAUCUUUGCGAUUUUCUGCACGAAAGACGAUUAUCCACAUUGUCUGCCUUGGACGUGGCCUGAAAUUAGCGUUUCUGCGUUUGAGUGCACCAACUUCACUCUAAAGGGAACCGCCACGCUCUAUACGGCUGCUACGUACACAAAUGAUCUAGACGUCGGUGUAACAAUGGUUUCGACAGUGUCGAUAUCAUGGAUGGAGGAUGAUGAGCUGAUUAGACGAUUGAAUCUUAAGCCCUGGUCUCGCCCUGACGUUUCUUUUGCCUUGGUCGGAGCGGUAAUUGGGGCCGUCGCUGGAGGGGCUGCGGCGAUAUCUGCCGCCGUCCUAGUUUUGUGGAUGCUGCGGAAGAAAAAGCGAUCCAAUAGGAGAGUCCCAUUGAACAGCGAGCCGGUUCUACGGGGAGUUUCUUCUCCUCUGGCUACAAGGCAGCAAACAUUUCGUCUUGCAGAGCGGAAACCGAGUGAGCUUGGGGGCUUAGGAGCUCCUUACCUACACUCUGGGCCUGAUACCCAUGAUAAUGAUCAGUAUCGUACGACUCGCCACUAG